AUGAAAGAGAGAAAUCUUCUUUCUCGUCAUCUAUCUAUCUAUCUAUCUAUCUAUCUAUCUAACACUGUAUGCUUAUAUGUGUAUGUAUGUAUGUAUGUAUGUAUGUAUCUAUCUAUCUCUGGUUGUUUCUAUCUAUCUAUCUAUCUAUCGCUGGUUCUUUCUUUCUUUCUUUCUAUCACUGUAUGCUUAUCUAUCUAUCUAUCUAUCUAUCUAUCUAUCACUGUAUGCUUAUAUGUGUAUGUAUGUAUGUAUGUAUGUAUGUAUGUAUGUAUGUAUCUAUCUAUCUCUGGUUGUUUCUAUCUAUCUAUCUAUCUAUCGCUGGUUCUUUCUUUCUUUCUUUCUAUCACUGUAUGCUUAUCUAUCUAUCUAUCUAUCUAUCUAUCUAUCUAUCUAUCUAUCUAUCACUGUAUGCUUAUAUGUGUAUGUAUGUAUGUAUUUAUGUAUGUAUCUAUCUAUCUAUGGUUGUUUCUAUCUAUCUAUCUAUCUAUCUAUCGCUGGUUCUUUCUUUCUUUCUUUCUUUCUAUCACUGUAUGCUUAUCUAUCUAUCUAUCGCUGGUUCUAUCUAUCUAUCUAUCUAUCUAUCUAUCUAUCUAUCUAUCUAUCUAUCUAUCUAUCACUGUAUGCUUAUAUGUGUAUGUAUGUAUGUAUUUAUGUAUGUAUGUAUCUAUCUAUCUAUCUCUAGUUGUUUCUAUCUAUCUAUCUAUCUAUCUAUCUAUCUAUCUAUCUAUCUAUCUAUCUCUGGUUCUUUCUUUCUUUCUAUCUAUCUCUGGUUCUUUCUAUCUAUCUAUCUAUCUAUUUGUGAACCUCCCAAAUCCUUGGAUAUUUGACUCCAGGAGUUUUAACACUCUUCGUUGUGAAUAG